GACGCCAUUAUAGACGUCAUUGUGACACUUGUCAAAAUUGUUUACAAUAAUACAUGUGAUUAAUUCGUGUAAUAAUGGGACAACAGAGUUCCCAAUUUCACGAGUAUUUUAACGAUAUAAUCACGGAUGAGCCCGUGCUUACUUUACUCUCUGAAGAAAUUCAUACUCUUAGUUACGAGAAAUUUUUGACAAUACUUGGGGAACUCAACCAACUCUCCAAACAGCGUUUAGAUUCCGAGGGGAAACAGUUAGUGUUUGCUGUAAAGAAAGGGACAGAUUCUACAGUUUUCUGGAAAGCUACGGUGCAAAUAGCUUGUGUUAAAAUUGACUCUAAUACUCAAAAAGUGAGUACGUACCGACUGUUAAACCUUUAUGAGUUUUUAAAAGUGUUCAAGACACUUAAAUGUCAGUCUUCAGCUGAAGAACAGAGCCGAAAUGGAAUGUCCGUCUCACAAGUGGUUCACGAUAUUACGGACAGUCCUGCAGAGAACACAAAAGAAUGUUGCAUUUGUUUAGAAAGGAAGCAUGAAGUUAUUUUGCCCUGUAUGCACAGUUACUGCUUGCCGUGCAUUGAGGAAUGGAAUGCCACUCAUGACACGUGCCCGAUUUGUAGAGAAAAACUGGAAAGUACCGAUGACACAUGGGUUAUAUCUGAGGUGCCAGAAGCAGAAGAGAUUAGCAAAGAAAUCAAGUCCAGUUUGAUGGAACUUGCUGAAGACAAGGAAUCUCCAUGUUUACCUUCUUAAUAGUCUGACAUAUGAUUUCAUGUUGUUAAAUGUUAUUUUACGAAUUGAUAAAUACAUCUCAAAACAUA